AUGCUGGCUUUUACGGUUGAAAGUGUCGGUAGCUUGAUUGUUGGUUCCUCUUUUGUGCUCAAACUUGACACUGCCCUUGAGCUUCUUAGUUGGUAUGCUUUGAAGGAUAAGUCCCCAUCAAGCAGUUACUUAGAGCUUGCAGAAGUUGCGGUAGGUUAUUGUCAAGGACUUCCUUUGGCUCUUGUUCUUUUGGGUUCUUCCUUUACAAAAGAGAACAGUCGAUUGAAGGAACUCUUCGUUGAUAUUUGUUGCUUGUUCGUUGGGGAUGAUGUUUACUGCAUGAAGAGUAUGUUGAAGGCACGUGAUCUCAAUCCAGAUUAUGGAAUUACAGUUCUCAAUGAUCUUUCUCUUAUUUCUAUUGAAAAUGGUAAGGUGCAAAUGCAUGAUUUAAUACCACAAAUGGGUCAUACCAUUGUUCGUGGUGAAUCAUUUGACCUUGAAAAUAGGAGUAGGUUGUGGGGAACAGAUGCAGUUAAAGUCAUAAAGCUGGACUUAUCCAACGACUUAUCACCGACAUCCAUUGAUGCACAAGCAUUUAAAAACAUGAAAAAUCUUAAAUUGCUUAUCCUUCGAAAUAUAACAUUUUCUUCACAUAUGUUUGAGUAUGGUCUUAAUAAGUUCAAGUGGGUUUUAUCUAGCUUUGGAAUUAGAUUUUCAUCUUUGCCUGCAAGCUUUUUGGUGAAAGAGGGGCUUGUUGGACUAGACAUGCAACAUUGUUGCAUCAAAUAUUUGGGGAAUAGAUUUGAGAAUUGUGAACGGUUGAAGCAUGUUGAUCUCAGUUACUGUGAGCUUUUGGAAGAAAUUCCUGACUUAUCUGUUGCAGUAAACCUUGAGUAUUUGUACCUGAGAGGGUGCAUAAGCUUAAAAACGAUUCACGAGUCUGUUUCUUCUCUUAACAAGCUGAUAACCUUAGACCUUGAGGGUUGUGUUAAUCUUGAAAAGCUUCCUAGCUACCUCAUGUUAAAGUCUCUUGAUUCUUUCUGUCUUUCGGACUGUCGUAAGCUUCAACGAGUUCCAGAAUUUGAUGAAAACAUGAAAUCUUUAACAAGGAUGAUUUUAGACUAUACUGCCAUAGAGGAGUUACCUUCAUCGAUUGAACAUCUUGCUAAGCUCGAGUUUUUAAGCCUUAAAGGUUGUGCAAACCUCGUAGCUCUUCCAAGUGAAAUUUAUUUGUUACGAAGUCUUGUGGAACUUCGUCUUCCUGGAUGUUCUAAACUCCACAUGUUUCCUUGUCCAACUACCGAACAGAUAUUCCUUCUUUCGAAGCUGACUAUAUUGGACCUUAAAAAUUGCAACCUAUCAAAUAUAGAUUUCUUGGAACCUUUAUCUACUGAGCUUCAGUUAAAGAAUUGCAACUUCCUUCUCCAAAUCCCAAACCUUCCCCAUAGCAUACAAACAAUGGAUGCUAGAGGUUGUGAAUCAUUGGUUACAGGUCCUGACAACCUUGACGAUAUAAUAUAUGCAAAUCAGGAUAGAUUAAAUGACUCAGGGUCAAGAGAGUUCAUUCUAAUGAAUGGUAUGAUCCCAGAAUGGUUCAACCAUCAAACUACUACAACAAGUUCAAUAAGCGUUAGCCUUCAACACUGUCCACAAAAGACACAAGUGUUGGCUGCCUGUGUUAUUUUCAAAGUAGAUGGAGAUUCAUGUGAAGCGAAGGCUUCUAUAAAAUAUGAUAUUUUCAUUGAUGGUGAAUCACUAAAAUAUUUUGAGAUCACCGUCCGGCCCUCAUCGAAAUCAGAAUAUAUGUGGUUAAUAACGACCCCUCUAACAUUUAGCUCUGUGAGCAUGAGUUGUCAAGUCUCCUGUACGAUUAACAAGACUUAUGAUAAUGCUAGAGCAACCAUAAGAAGUUUGGGCGUCCAUAUUGACGUUAGAGGGCAGCAAAGGCAAACUUGGAAUUCGAGCAUCACACAAGUUCCAGAGGCUUCAGAGGAGAGCGGAGGUCAGAUCCAGUGUGACCCUGAGACAUCGUCACAAGUCUCCCUCGAACGCACAGUCUACAACAACCUGUUCCAGCAUCUAAAACCGCAACAGCAUAAGUGGCGUCGCAAAGCUCUUUGA